AUGGCGCGUGGCUAUGCAACAACAGCUGUCAAAUCACGCCGACUCAAUGUACCAAUCGACUUUAAAACUACUCCACUGCUGCAUCAUUCCUCGAAGACAUUCCAGAAUAGCAGUAUUCCUGAUGACGGACCAUCCAAACGAUUGAAUCUGUGCCAGGCCGUCAAUACUGCUUUGGCCACCGCGCUGCGUUCAUCCAAGGAUGUGCUUUGCUUCGGUGAGGAUGUUGCAUUCGGAGGGGUCUUCCGUUGCACAAGUGGACUUCAAAAUGAAUUCGGUACUGACAGAGUAUUCAACACUCCUCUAACAGAGCAAGGCAUUGUCGGAGCCGCUAUUGGUGCUGCAGCAGAAGGGAGGAAGCCAGUCGUUGAGAUCCAGUUUGCAGAUUACGUUUUUCCAGCUUUUGACCAAAUUGUCAAUGAAGCAAGCAAAUUUCGCUAUCGAGAGGGCUCGACAGGCAGCAACCUUGGAGGAAUGGUUAUCCGAAUGCCUUCCGGGGGUGUUGGGCAUGGUGCAUUAUACCACAGCCAAUCACCAGAGAGUCUGUUCUGUCACAUUCCAGGAUUCAAAGUCGUUGUGCCACGGUCGCCAUCCCAAGCAAAAGGCCUUCUUCUGUCUGCGAUCCUCGAGUCAAAAGACCCGGUUAUCUUCCUAGAGCCUAAAAUCCUCUAUCGUGCUGCCGUCGAAGAGGUCCCAGACGCCUCAUACAUGCUACCCCUGAGUAAGGCAGAGAUUGUGAAGCCAGGUGCUGACCUCACCAUUGUUUCUUAUGGCCGACCCUUAUACACCUGCCAAGCUGCGAUCGAAGCCGCCGAGAAGGAAAUACCUGGUGUCUCAAUCGAAUUGAUUGAUUUGAGAACGAUAUAUCCCUGGGACAGAAAAACAGUCAUUGACAGUGUCAAAAAGACUGGCAGAGCUAUGAUAGUCCAUGAGAGUAUGGUUAAUUUUGGCGUUGGUGCGGAGGUUGCUUCGACAAUACAGGAGAAGGCAUUCUUUCAUCUUGAAGCUCCCAUCAGACGCGUUGCUGGAUGGACCACUCACACAGGUCUCGCCUGGGAGAAAUACAUUCUACCCGAUGUUACCAGUAAGUUUCCUUGA